AGCAUUUUCUAUCUCUAUUCAAUUUGCACAUGCAAGAAGUCGUUUUUAAAUAAUUUAUUUUUUAUUGGAAUACAAUACAAAUUGAAACAAGAAUAUUUUUUUCUUUACCAAAGACUUCUGAACCACCCUGCCGAACGGAAAAUAAAUAUAUAUAAUAUGUGAAGUUCACAUUGUGAACAUUAUGUUUCAAUUCUAUAGUCUGCCUGAAUAAACAGCAAAAUCUCGGAACCUGUAAAAACUAGAAAAAUCAGACUGGUAAUGAAUUUUAGGUAUCUCGUAUUCGGUGCACCAGAAUUCAGCGAUUUUUCUCGUUUUAAAAUGUUCAAACAGGUUGGGCGACAUCAUUUGCAUUUUGUUUCCUCUACUCUAUUCUGUAUUUCAACUAUUUAGAUUCCAAACUCAGUUUGUUUGAACUAGUAAAGCAAAUAGCAUCGGAUCAUGCCGCAAGCUAAUCUAAGCUUAAGUCCUCACGACCAGCAAGUGCUAGAUUCCAUCUUCAAUCCCCUCGAGCUAAGCAGCAUCAAUACGCAAGGAUCAGUGCCCGCGGAAAACGAACUGAAGGAUGUGGAACCGGACAACGAAGCCAUCAGAGCUUCCAGGGACCUGGAGCUUAAAGCAAUUGACUUAUCUGAAAGGGGGGAGAUAGAUAAAGCCCUUGAUCUAUUCAGACAAGCACUAGAUUUGGCUGACAGAGCUUCUGUGCUGAAUAAUCGUGCUCAAACACUUCGUCUGGCAAAACGGGAUGAAGAGGCCCUAGAUGACUUGCACAGAGCUCUGCAAAUGGCCAAUGAUCAGCAAAUCCGCACCAAAUGCCACGCCCACUGUCAGCGAGGAGUGUUAUAUCGAAAACUGGAUAAUUUGGAUGCCGCACGUGCUGAUUUCGAGGCAGCAGCACAGUUGGGCAGUAAAUUUGCCAGGGAGCAGCUGGUAGAAAUCAAUCCAUUUGCGGCACUCUGCAAUCAAAUGCUUCGCCAGGCCUUCGAUCAGCUCAAGUAGGAUGUGAUGUUCAUAGUUCGGUUUUUAUGAAAUAUCAAGGCAUUUUCAAAAUAAAUUAAUUGUUCAGACUAA